AACACAAAGACAAGUCACUCAACGCCUAUUCAAAAGCACCAGGCAAACUGGUAUAAACGUGUGUGUGUCCCUUAAACUCCAGUGUUCUGCAUUAGUCUCCAGUCUGUAAAGUUCUCUCUCAGAAGACAUUCUAAAUCUCACACUGCAAAGACAGUCUGACGAUGUUCGGAUUCGUGGCUCUGUCUCUUCUGGUUGCCAGUACACUGGCCCAGGGUGCGAUGGAUUACUACUCGUUCUCUCCGCCCGUGGGCAGAGGCACUGGCACCGCCUAUGCCACCUCUGGCGAGGGACGUAUCACCGCGGUCCGAGUGUGGGAGCAGAACAAUAACCAGAUCACUGGGUUUCAGCUGAAGUAUGGUUUCGCCUGGACUCCUCGUAUAGGCCGCAAUACCAGCAGCAGAGUGGACAUAUCUCUCUUUGACGACGAGGCCAUAGUGCAGGUGUCGGGAAAAUACAACCCUAACAGAUUCAUACAGCAGGUGCUGUUUGUGACCAGCAGGGGGCGCUUUCUCUCAGCUGGGCAACCCAGUGGACUGUCCUUCAACCACUACCCGACAGACAGUGGCAGCGAGCUCCGCAUCUUGAGUGGCCGCUUCGACGCCAAUGGCAUCACCUCUCUGGGGGCUCACUGGGCGAGAGUGGACGCGUCCAACGGCAAUGCACUGGCAGAAAGACGGAGCUAACUCUCAUGUAACGCGGAUAUAAAUGAUUGUGAAUUCCUCUGGAAAUGUCACACUGAAAGUCUUCAAAUCUCAGACUUCUUGGAAACUCUCAGCUCUCCACUUUCAACUCUUCUGUUUUUGUCAGCAUAAAUCCUAUUUCUUAUAUAAACGCUAUACCCUGCUGAAA